AUGACCCAAUCUCAGACAGUGGGGCUGGACACGCUCGCCGAGGGCUCGCAAUACGUGCUGGAACAAUUGCAGCUGUCGCGAGAAGGUGGUAACAUCGACAGCAAUACCUCCGAUUCUUUGCGACAUUCUCUGUCUAGACCCAAGGAUCAACUCUACGGCGAUAGCAACUCCGCCUACAAACCUUCGUCUGUUCGUGACUCGCUCGCUGAAGCCCGGUCCAUGAUUCGCAAAAACUCUGUUUCGGGCCCCGUCCGGCGGAGGAUAAGUCGAGCUUGUGAUCAAUGUAACCAGCUCCGGACCAAAUGCGACGGCCAGAACCCGUGCGCCCAUUGUAUAGAAUUCGGGCUGACAUGCGAAUACGCUCGUGAACGCAAGAAACGCGGGAAAGCUUCGAAAAAGGACCUGGCUGCGGCGGCAGCUGCAGCAGGACUUGGACACCAAGGAAACGGUAGCGCAGGCAGGGAUAUGCCGUCGCCUUCUGAUAGACGCAUGUCACAGGAAGCCAGCGGCCGGUACGACUCGGCCCUCGAUGCGCCGCGUGUUCAAUCGCAAAUACCCACAAACGGUCUGGCCGGUAUUCAGAACACUCAAUCGGCACAUUCGCAACCACCGCUGGGAUCUGCUCUUGAUGCAUUACACUUGAACCAGUUCACCCAUAUGAACGAGCACAGUCGCUCCCAGAUGCCCCUCUCAGAUCUCCGCUCGUUACAGAUCCUCCAUAAUAAUCCUCGCUCUCCUCAAUCUGCCCUUCCCCCACACGGUUUAAAUGCGACGUAUAACGACAGCACCUUUUCAUUAUUGAACUCCCAAGAGGCGCAUUCAACCUCGCUCAACCAUUUCCGCUUGGGAAAUUCAACAGACAACCAGCCUGCUCAGUUCCUGGGUCUUUCACCCCCGGCGCAAUCCCCAGGAUGGCUUCCGCUACCGUCACCGUCUCCUGCCAAUUUUCCUUCGUUUCCUAUGGCAUCGCUCUCCGGAACAAGUUUACGUUACCCCGUUCUUCAGCCAGUCCUUCCUCAUAUAGCCUCAAUUAUACCCCAGUCCCUUGCCUGUGAUCUUCUCGACCUUUAUUUCACAAGUUUAUCCUCGUCACAUCUCUCCCCCCAAUCUCCUUACGUCGUUGGCUACAUCUUCCGCAAGCAGUCGUUUCUCCAUCCGACCAAGCCGCGUGUCUGCUCCCCUGGCCUGUUAGCGAGUAUGCUAUGGGUAGGGGCGCAAACAAGCGAUGCUCCGUUUUUGACUUCCCCUCCAUCGGCACGCGGCCGAGUAUGUCAGAAGCUUCUGGAGUUGACAAUAGGGCUUCUGCGGCCAUUGAUACACGGACCUGCCCUGGGCGAGGCUUCUCCGAAUUAUGCAGCAAACAUGGUUAUCAACGGGGUAGCACUUGGUGGUUUUGGAGUAUCGAUGGACCAGCUUGGGGCCCAAAGCAGUGCAACAGGCGCGGUAGAUGACGUUGCGACGUACGUUCACCUCGCGACGGUUGUUUCCGCCAGCGAAUACAAAGCAGCAAGUAUGCGUUGGUGGACGGCCGCCUGGUCACUGGCCCGAGAGCUGAAACUUGGCCGCGAGCUGCCUCCAAACGCGUCUCAAUCGGCUCAAGACGGGGAGCGAGAGAACGAAGGUGAUGACCCGUCGAAGCGAAAUACCUCGUCAAUGCUUUCUGCACAUGGCCCCGGUAACUCGAAUGUCAAUGUAACGGAGGAAGAACGGGAAGAGCGCCGGCGUCUUUGGUGGCUUUUGUACGCCACUGACCGUCAUUUGUCAUUGUGUUAUAACCGGCCGCUCACGUUGCUGGAUAAAGAGUGCGCGCAACUCUUGCAGCCGAUGAAUGAUGAUUUAUGGCAAGCUGGCGACUUUCCGUCCGCUACGUAUCGUGCGGUUGGUCCGCCAAUUGAGUGUUCUGGUCAUAGCAUGUUUGGCUAUUUCUUGCCAUUGAUGGCCAUACUAGGAGGCAUUAUCGAUUUACACCAGGCUAAGGAGCACCCGAGAUACGGACCUGCCUUCCGCAGCGGAACCGAAUGGGACCAGCAUACCAUGGCGCUUUCUCAACAGCUUGACGCCUACGGCCAGAGCUUGAAAGACUUUGAAGCGCGUUAUACCAAUAGUUUGGCUCUUGCAGAAAACGAGCCUGUUGAGACCUCGCACUUGGACCAUGUGAGUCCAUCUGGCCGUUCGAGUAGUACGGUUGGAUCGCGCGUCAACGAGUCCAUUGUUCACACCAAAAUGGUCGUUGCGUAUGGGACCCAUAUCAUGCACGUUCUGUACAUUCUUUUGGCUGGAAAAUGGGACCCAAUCAACCUGCUAGAAGAUCAUGACAUGUGGAUCUCAUCAGAGUCGUUCCUCACCGCAAUGAGCCACGCAGUUGGUGCUGCCGAGGCCGCGGCUGACAUCCUCGAACACGACCCUGAUCUUAGUUUUAUGCCAUUUUUCUUCGGCAUUUAUCUCCUCCAAGGCAGCUUCUUACUGUUACUGGCUGCAGACAAGCUGCAAGGCGACGCAAACCCUAGCGUUGUCCGAGCAUGCGAGACCAUCGUUCGCGCCCACGAGGCUUGUGUCGUGACGCUGAACACUGAAUAUCAGCGAACAUUCCGCAAAGUGAUGCGCUCGGCCCUUGCCCAGGUUCGUGGCCGUAUCCCAGAGGACUUUGGCGAGCAGCAACAGCGCCGACGUGAGGUGCUCUCCCUUUACCGCUGGUCCGGUGAUGGCACAGGCCUCGCACUGUAG